AUGGAAGCAGCAGACAUUGCCGUAGUGGCAGUCUACUUUGUUCUGGUGCUGCUGAUAGGUUUCCUUGCCAUGUGGAAAGCCAACCGCAGCACAGUCAGUGGAUACUUCCUUGCAGAUCGCUCCAUGAACUGGGCAGCAAUUGGCGCAUCUCUAUUUGUCAGUAACAUAGGAAGUGAGCAUUUUAUUGGCUUGGCUGGAUCUGGCGCAGCUACAGGGUUGGGUGUGGCAGCGUGGGAGUUGAACGCUCUCUUGCUGCUUCAGCUGUUGGGCUGGGUUUUCAUCCCUGUCUACAUCCACUCAGGUGUGUUCACCAUGCCAGAGUACCUGUCCAAACGCUACGAUAGCAGGAGGUUGAAGUUGUAUUUUGCUACAUUAUCCCUCAUCAUGUACAUCUUCACCAAGUUGUCUGUGGAUCUGUACGCUGGCGCUUUGUUCAUCCAGGAAUCACUGGGGUGGGACCUCUACCUGUCAAUUAUCCUCCUAAUUGCCAUGACAGCACUGCUGACAGUCACUGGAGGUCUUGUUGCCGUGAUCUACACAGAUACUGUCCAGGCUUUCCUCAUGAUCUCUGGAGCACUGUGUCUGACUGGGAUCAGCCUCUUCAAAGUGGGAGGACUGGAAGGUCUGAGUCUGUUACAACUUUAAACCAGUCAAACCAUUUAGACCAUUUAGUCGAUGUCAGCCAUUAGAACUAGUUACACCAUUUAACCAUACCAUUUACAGUGCCUUGAAAAGUAUUCAUACCCCUUGAACUUUUUCACAUUUUUGCACUCUACAACCACAAACUUAAAAGUAUUUUAUUGAGAUUUCUUGUCAUAGACCAACACAAAGUAGCACAUAACUGUGAAGUGAGACGAAAAUGAUACAUGGUUUUCAAAAAUUUAAACAAAUAAAAAUCUGAAAAGUAUGGUGUGCGUUUGUAUUCAGCGCCCCUGUGUUAAUACUUUGUAGAGCCACCUUUCGCUGCAAUUACAGCUGCAAGUCUUUUGGGGUAUGUCUCUACAAGCUUUGCACAUCUAGAGACUGAAAUUUUUGCCCAUUCUCCUUUGCAAAAUAGCUCAAGCUCAGCCAGAUUGGAUGGAGAGUAUCUGUGAACAGCAAUUUUCAAGUCUUGCCACAGAUGCUCAAUGGGACUUUGACUUGACCAUUCUUACACAUGAAUAUUCUUUGAUGUAAACCAUUCCAUUGUAGCUCUGGCUGUAUGUUCAGGGUCAGUGACCCUCAUUUCUCAAUCUUGCAUAGAACUGAGCGCAGAUCUGAGCGCAGGAUUCAUCCUACGAUAGGACACAUGUGAGAUUUAUGAAAGGGUUCGUAUCUGACCAAUCCCAGCGUACAUUGAUCAGGUCUUGAUAAAUGCGGUGGAUGAAAUCGAUCGUUAUUAACAAGUUAAAACAAUGUUAAUGUUUAACAAUGUUAAAAUGGCGCUCCUGCUCUGUGGCACUGUUUCUGGGCAAAGUUAUCAAUUAGGCCUAUUCACUAAGGACACAACACAUUUAUUUUAUUUUAUUUACGUCUUAACCUUUAAUGAAAUCUGGCUGAUUGUGCUUAAUGAUUUGGUUUGAGGUUUGUUUAUCAAUUAUUUUGAGACAGACAUUUGCUGCACUGCAGAUCCAUACUGACUCAAACUUGUGUACACAAUGUCAGACAUGUCGUGAGAUUUGGUCGUAGCGUACGCUCACGUGUAGAUUGAUAAAUGCCGAUCCUCACAUCGUAACUUACAUACGCAAGGCGUAUGUGAGUUCUCUGCCGUACGCAAGCUUGAUAAAUGAGGGCCAAUGUUUUGCUGGAAGUUGAAUCUCUUUCCCAGUCUCAAGUCUUUUGCAGCCUCCAACAGGUUUUCUACCAGGAUUGCCCUGUAUUUGUUUCCCAGUGGGGAUGGUUUGUUAAGGGUGAUGAGCAGUGUUACUUUUUCGCCACACAUAGCGCUUUGCAUUCAGGCCAAAAAGUUAAACUUUGGUCUCAUCUGACCAGAGCACCUUCUUCCACAUGUUUGCUGUGUCCCCUACAUGGCUUGUGGCAAACUGCAAAUAGGACUUUCUAUGUCUUUCUGUCAACAAUGGCUUUCUUCUUGCCACUCUUCCAUAAAGGCCAGAUUUGUGGGGUACACGACUUAUAGUUGUCCUAUGGACAGAUUCUCCCUCCUGAGCUGUCGAUUUCUGCAGCUCCUACAGAGUGACCAUGGGCCUCUUGGCUGCUUCUCUCACUUGUGCUCUCCUUGCUCGGUCUGUCAGUGUAGGUGGACGGCCAUGUCUUGGUAGGUUAGCAGUUGUAGCAUACUUCUUCAAUUUUUGGAUGAUGGACAGAACAGUGCUCCUUUAGAUGUUCAAAGCUUUGGAUAUUUUUUAUAACUUAACCCUGCUUUAAACUUCACAACUUUUCCCCUGAUCUGUCUGGUGAGUUCCUUGGUCUUCAUGAUGCUCUUUGUUGACUAGUGUUCUCUAACAAAGCACUGAGGCCUUCACAGAACAGUUGUGUUUAUGCUGAUACUAAAUUACACACAGGUGGACUCUAUUAACUAAUUAGGUGACUUCUGGGGGCAAUUGAUUGCAUUGCAUUUUAUUUAGGGGUAUCAGAGAACAAGGGGCUGAAUACAAAUGCACACCACACUUUUCAGAUCUUUAUUUGUUUAAUUUUUUUAAAAGCAUAUAUCAUUUUCGUUCCACUUCACAAUGAUGUGCUACUUCAUGUUGGUCUAUGACAAAAAACUCAAUAAAAUACUUCUAAGUUUGUGGUUGUAGAGUGACAAAACGUAAAAAGGUUCAAGGGGUAUGAAUAUUUUUUCAAGGUACUGUACACCAAUUAAAAAAAAGAUUUAACUAGCUAAUCACCCAGAACAGCCAAAACAGGAUUGUACACUUUGUAACUUCCUGCAUCUUUCAGGGCUCAGGACCAAGUACAUGGAAGCAUCUCCAAACAUUACUGCGGUCCUGCUGUCUUCACCAAACCUGACAUACUCUGAGACCUGUCACCAUCAACUCCAUCCACGACCUAACAGCCUGAAGAUCCUUAGGGGACCCAGAGACCCAGACUUGCCCUGGCCCGGUUUCUUACUGGGCCAGACUCCUGCCUCUAUCUGGUGUGUCCCAAUCUAUCUAGGUUAAUUGUUUCCUUCCCUAUAGAAUGUUUCCCUUACCUUGCGGACUAUUUCCUUGUCAUGGCAGUUUCAUAGUAAUACUAAGGUCUCUGUUGGACUCAAGUACUUGUUUAAAGCAAAGGGUGAUGAUGAUGAUAAUAAUGGUGAUAAGUGAUGAUAAUGGUGAUGACAAUGAUGAUGGUGAUGAUGAUAAUGAUUAAGAUAGUGAUGAUAAUGAUGAUGAUAGAGAAGGUAAUGAUUGUUAUGACAUUGAUGAUGAUAAUGGUUAUGGGGAUUUGAUGGUUGAGGUGAUGUGAUGGUGAUGGUGAUGUGAUGAUGAUGAUGACAAUGAUUACGGUGAUGUGAUGGAUGUGAUGACGAUGUGAUAACAAAGACGAUGAUGAUAAUGAUUACGUUGGUGAUGUUGAUAGUGAUUAUGAAUAUGUUGAUGAUGGUGAGGAUGAUGAUGCUGAUGAUAAUGAGGUAGUUUGCUCUGGUCUGCAAUGAGGUGCAGACCAACUGUUCUGAGGCUUAGUGUAGUCUGUUUUUAGAGUCAGGCUUUUGAUGAAUUCAAGAAGUUUCUGAUCUGUGCAUACAUAGCUAACAACGCUAGCCUUCAGAGUCAGUACUUGCACAUGUAACAGUGUGCCUGUGUCUUUGAUCUGUCAUCUGAUACCUGAUAAAGUAAGGAUGUCUGACCCUCAAUGUGUGUUUUAGGUACUGGUGUGCAGAUCAGGUGAUUGUCCAGAGGGUUCUCGCAGCAAAGAAUGUUGCCCAUGCCAAAGGCUCAACUAUGAUGGCAGGCUUCCUGAAAAUCCUCCCCAUGUUUGUCAUCGUCAUCCCAGGUAGGCCAUCAAACCACCACCUUCAUUAACUCAGCCUAGGUUCCUCUAAAAGUAUUCUAGAAUUUGCUGCAGACACAGUCUCCAGUGUCUUGUUCUUUCUAUCUUGGUGUUUGCAAGGAUGAUCUGUAGGGUCUGACUCUUUUAUCUUGGUCCUUGCAGGCAUGAUCUCCUGGCUCUGACUCUUUAUACUUUGAAGGCAUGAUCAUCAGAAUCAGACUCUUUUUAUCUUGAAAUUACAUUGGCCUAGUUGUUUAGAAAUGACUCUUAUCUUGAUUUUUGAAAGUCUGAUCUCUAAGGUCUGACUUUUUAUAUCUUGGUCUUUGCAGGCAUGAUCUCCAGGGUCUUCUUCACAGAAGAGUUGGCAUGUAUCAGUCCGGCGCACUGCAUGGCAGUGUGCGGUUCUGCAGCUGGCUGCACUAAUGUGGCGUACCCUCGGCUUGUCAUGUCUGUGAUGCCAGUUGGUCUCCGUGGUCUCAUGAUGGCAGUCAUGAUCGCAGCACUAAUGAGUGACCUGGACUCCAUCUUUAACUCUGCAAGCACCAUCUUCACUCUGGAUAUUUACAAAAUGCUGAGGAAGAAUGUCUCAUCACAGGAACUGCUGAUCGUUGGCCGGUUGUUUGUUCUCUUUGCGGUGGUCAUUAGCAUUGCCUGGGUGCCUGUCAUUAUUGAGAUGCAGGGGGGGCAGAUGUUCUACUACAUCCAGGAAGUUGUAGACUACCUGACUCCGCCUAUAGCCGCCCUUUUCCUGUUGAGUGUCCUGUGGCAGCGUUGUAAUGAAACUGGGGCAUUCUGGGGUGGCGUGGUGGGGUUUGUACUUGGAGCCUUCCGCCUGAUUUUGGCAUUAAUUUAUCGCGAGCCUCUCUGCGACCAGCCAGACAAUCGUCCAUCUUUUAUUAAGGACGUCCACUUCAUGUACGUGGCAGCCAUCUUGUUCUGGGUGUCGGCCUUAGUGACUGUAGUGGUGAGUCUGUGCACACCUCCACCCCACAGGGAACAGAUUUUAACCACAACCCUGUGGGGGCUUCACCAAAGAAAGAAGCUGAGAACAGCAGAGAACGAGAAACCCAGAGAGGACAUGAAGCCUCUGAACCACACACUCCUCAGCGGGAAUGCCAGAGACCAGCCCAAAGAUCCCAACACCAUGGCUAACAGGAACCAUCAGGUUCAGAAGAGCCACCGCCCACUAAUACCUGAGCCAGGCCAGGAGGAGGGUGUGGGAGAGAGGGUUGAUAAGGAGGCGGAGAAGGGGUGUUUUUGGGGGGAAGGAGGGCUGGAGAGUGGCAGGUGUGUCAAGGUGUUCAAGUUCUGUGGUUUUCAGAAGAAACCAUCCAAAAUCCAGGUCCUGACAGUGGAGGAGCAGCAGAAGCUGGUGGACAAACUCCUAUAUGAACCUCCUUGCACCCGCAUUAUCCUGGUAACAGGUCUGUUUGUCAUCUGCUCCAUUGGGGUCUUUAUGUUUGUGUACUUCUCAAUCUAA